UCUAAACUUUAAGUGGAUUUAUGUGGUUCCAGUUUCCGUGAAUCAUCAAUCUUGCUAGCCAGUGCAUGCACUUCCAACUCACUGUACCUAUCAUUCAUGCCAAAAGCUCUCACCAUCGUUUUCACUCAGUGAACUUGGUGCCUUCAACUCACUGUACCUAUCAUUCAUGCCAAAAGCUCUCUACUUUCAUCCACCAUGAACCCUUCCCGACCCAUGAUUUCAAGACCCAUCAAAAUACCACCUUUCGUGCUCAAGACUUGUAAUUUGAGUCCAUAUUCUAAAAGGGUAUCUGGGUUUAGCCCACAUGGACAUGGUAUUAGAUUCUCACCUGCUGUGACCAAAUGUUCAAGAGCUCGUGAUGUUCAUUUAGCAGCAGCAGAAGCUACACAAUCUUCUUGUUCUUCAUCUCGUGCAUCCCCUGUAAUUGCAUCAAAGAUACUCGACUUCGAAUCUAUAGAGGAGAACAUAGAGAAGGUUAUUUAUCGAUGUCGGUUCUUGGCGAUUCUUGGGGUUUUGGGCUCUAUGGUUGGAUCAUUUCUCUGUUUCAUAAAGGGCUGCACUUAUGUUGGGUCAGCUUUCAUGCAAUACCUCGUCAAUCGUAGCAAAGUGAUUAUAUUGCUGGUCGAGGCCAUAGAUGUCUAUCUUUUGGGAACAGUGAUGCUAGUCUUUGGAAUGGGUCUAUAUGAACUCUUUGUUAGCAAUCUUGACCUUGCAAAGCAGGUGUCAACGGGGAAAGCACCAAACAGGUCAAGUUUAUUUGGCUUAUUUGCCUUGAAGGAACGACCGAAAUGGUUAGAAGUGAAAACUGUUAAUGAGCUGAAAACCAAGCUUGGCCACGUCAUAGUAAUGCUUCUUCUGAUCGGCUUCUUUGAAAAGAGUAAGACGGCAAUCAUACUCUCUCCCAUUGAUUUACUUUGCUUCUCAGCUUCUGUCUUCCUUUGCUCUGGUGGCCUCUACUUGUUAUCUAAGCUUGGCGACACCAAAUGACAUGUAUAAUUUCCCCAAGAGUUAAAAUGAUUAGAAAAUGCUGUCUAUAGAAAAAGUGGAAACUAAUGUGAAUAAGUGAGGUCAAAGUGUUCGUUCCACAGAUCUGAUAGUGGCAUGUAAUGAAACCUUAACCAUAUUUUCACUGCAAUAAAAUCUCUCUAUGUGCAUUUAGUUUU